UAUAUCUCUCUCAACAAAAAGAGAGAGAGAGAGAAAUAGAAAGACUCAUACACACAUCAAUGGCGCUUCGGAAACUCUUUACAAAGCGUAUGUUCGAAGGUUUCAAAACGACGAUGCCGUUUGAACAAACAAUUGUGUCAUCUACGCCUCUCCAACAGCAAACCGUAGUGCCUCCAAACUCGUCGCAAGCGAAUUUCCACCGCGAGUAUCUCGCCUCGCCGGAUUCCACAAACAGAGGUUUUUUCCGGCGGUUUCUCUUUAGCAGAGCCGUUUACCACUCCGUUCCUGCGAGGCUCCCGGAGUUUCUGUCGAUUCCCGUCGGCGAGAAGCUCCGGGAGAAACUAAACGGUAUCAACAAUAUCGCCGGUGCUGGAUACCGUCUUCAUCUAGGCGACGUUAAUCUUCCUCCGGUACCGGCGCCGAGAAGCGACGACUCAGUGGACGGAAAUGGAGUAUCUGUGAACGAUGCGAGGAAGAUUCUGAGGGCGUGGCAAAUGGAAAAGCUGAAGGCGAAGCUGAGGAACAUCACUGAAAGCUCCGUUUCGUACACUGAAUUCUUGCGGAUCUGCGUUGAGUGUUGUGAGAACAAUGAUCAAGGUGCUGAAUUCGCUAAGAUCUUGGAUGACUCUGGAAACGUCAUCGUUUUGGGGAACGUCGUUUUUCUCCGGCCGGAGCAGGUAGCAAAAUCAAUAGAGAGCAUCAUCAAUCAAUCAAUAGCCCAUCCAAACGACCCAAGAAGGAAGGAGCUAGAGCAGAUGGAGAAGCAAAAGACCAUGAUCGAUGACAAGGCGAAAGCCCAAGUCAGAGCUGAGCUUUAUUGUGGGCUGGGCUUCUUGACGGCCCAGACCCUUGGGUUCAUGAGGCUCACUUUCUGGGAGCUAAGUUGGGAUGUGAUGGAGCCCAUAUGUUUCUUUGUUGGAUCAAUACAUUUCUCUCUUGCGUUCCUCUUUUUCCUCAGAACCUCAACAGAGCCCACCUUUCAGGGCUAUUUCUAUCGGCGAUUCAAGGCCAAGCAAGAACGCCUCAUGAAGACACACAACUUCGACAUGCGUAGGUACAACGAACUAUGCAAUGCAUGCAAUCCUAGGUAUCAUGCUGGUGCUAAUUCUGAACCCUCUCCACCUUUCCACCACCCAGAGCAAACACUUCUGAGAGCCAUGCAUCGUUGACGAAUUUAAUGUGGACAAUUGUUUAUUUAUGUAAUGUUACUAUGUGAUCGAUCACCAUGGAGCUCAUUGAAACCUUUGCUCAGAACAAAAUAGAACAUAUACUUC